AUGAGCCCUUUUUGGAGUCUACUCGUUGCUGAAACACGAGUGACCAUCACCAUGCCUCUCCCAUCCCCUCGUUUGUCAUUCAUAAAGUAUGCAUCAUGCUACGGAGUAGAAAGCAAUCGCUUCACGUGUCUGAGCCCAGCGCCCAGUGCCCCAGCAGCAAGCCCGUCAGCCAGUCAGCGCGGCGUCUGUGGAGAUGCCGGCCAUGAUGAUCGUUUUUUGGGUCCUUGA